AUGGUACUAAUUGUUCAUCUUCAUCUUCCCUGGGUACUACUCAACUUCAUCCUAUUACUAAUAUUGGUUGUCCUCUGCACUUUAUCAGAUUGUUACGACCCUUUGGAUCCAAAUGGCAACAUUUCAAUUACUUUUGAUAUUUACCAACGCACACAAGAUGGAUAUUUGGCAAGGGUGACACUUGAAAACUACUACCAGUACCGGCAUGUAGACAAACCAGGUUGGCAACUUGGAUGGCAAUGGGCUAAUGAUGAAGUUAUAUGGUCAAUAAAGGGUGCAGUUGCAACAGAUCAAGGCAACUGUUCUUCUUACACAUCUCAGUUACCACAUUCUUGCAAGAAAGAUCCUCUCAUAGUUGAUCUUCCGGCCGAUGUGUCACCAGAGAGCAGGUCAGAACACUGCUGCAAUGGCGGCAUCCUCUCGGCUCGAGCCAUCAAUCCUUUGAGCUCAUUCACCUUGUUUGAGCUUGAAGUACGCAACUUAGGGCAAUACCCUCUAGGACAAGCACCUAAUAACCUCACACUCUUGGCCCCUGGUCCUGGCUAUACUUGUUCCCCUCUUCUUCAGACUGAUCCCACUGUCAUCUCCUCUUUUAAUGGACAAAGACAAGUUCCUGCUCUCAGAACGUGGAAGUCAGCAUGUACAUACUCCAACUUUAUGGCAAAUAAGUCACCAAUAUGCUGUGUAUCGCUCUCAACAUUUUACAACCCUAUGAUCACACCAUGCCCUGAUUGCAGCUGUGGAUGCAGUGAAGCAGACAAAGCUUCUAAGUCUUGCAUAAGGUUGGGUAAUACCAUAUCAGAGGAGAACAUAAUAGCAUGCACUAAGCACAUGUGCCCAAUUCGAGUUCAUUGGCAUGUUAAGAACAACUAUGUAACUCACUGGAGGGUGAAGCUUACCAUUUCUAACUACAAUUAUAGGAGCAACUACUCUAACUGGAAUGUGCUUCUCCAACAUCCUGCCUUCUCCCAGAAUACAACUUCUUAUAGUUUCAACACUGCCAAACUUCCCCUUGCCUUUCAAGAUGGAGUUUCUCUGUUUUGGGGGAUUGAUUAUUAUAACACAGAACUAGUGCAUUCGGAUAAGGAUCAACAAGGUUUUGUGUCAACAGAGAUACUAUUAGAGAAAGAUCCAAAAUCUUUUACAUUGAGUAAUGGAUGGGCUUUUCCUAGGAGGGUCUAUUUCAAUGGAGAGAACUGUGAAAUGCCCUUACCUGACACAUUCCCUAUGCUUCCAAAUCAUACCAACACUUUGAGACCUCCCAAUAUUAUUUUACUCAUCAUCUCUUUAUUCUGUUUCUGGACCAAAGCUUCCUUUCAUUUUCAGUAGUGAUUACUUCACUCCUAUAUAGCAUUUGCA